CUGCUCGCACUGUAUCGGUUUUCAGCUGAUUGUGAGCUGCGCUCUGCGGCCGGGCCGGCGGCGCUGGCUGGCCCUGCUUCCAUACUCUCCGUACAGAGGCUUUUCUCAGCACCAGCCCGCACUGCCCAACCCCUCCCCCUCCCUCGCCAACCACACACCGGCUCCUGGGAACAAAGCUCGGGCGGCAGGGCCCCGGCGGCUCCGCAGCUCACGGUUCUCCUGGUUUAAAGCCCGCGUCCUCCUCCUACCCCCCAUCCCUUCACCCCCUCCUCCCAAAGCACAGGAGAAGGAGGGGGAGAGAGAGAGAGAGAGGGAAGGAGCGAGCGGCGGUCGAUGUGUCUUGUGUGCGUGCUGAAAGACAGAUCUCAGCCACAGCUGCCUCCACGCGUCAGGAGCCGAGACCGUUCCGAGGCACUAACAUGCAUACAGCUGAGGACGUGAUGUUACCCACCUAGAAUCAGCACUGCAGCCCCACGCCGACAUUCGCCCCCCCACCCCCCCCAGGAUGCUGGGAAUCUGCAGAGGGCGCAGGAAGUUCCUCGCAGCCACCCUCACUGCUCUCUUUGUGCCAGCAUUCACCUGGAUCUACCUGUUCUCGGGGUCCUUUAAAGAUGCAAAGCCUGUCUCGCUAACUCCCUACGAAGCCCCUGCAAACAGCCCUCAAUAUGUGUUCAACCAGAGGGAGCGGGAAUCCCUAGAGGUCCGCGUGCGAGAGGUGGAGGAGGAAAACCACGCCCUUCGGAAGCAACUCAGCCUCGCCCAGAACAGGGUCCAUCGCCACCGAAACCAUUCCAAGAGUUAUUCCACAGAGGAAGGCACCGGAGACAAUGAGGGGGUCCACGCCGUGGUUUGGAAUGGCUCAGAGUGUGGCAGGCGGCCCACUGUGGAGAAGUGUGAGACAAUCCACAUUGCAAUCGUGUGUGCGGGAUACAAUGCCAGCCGUGAUGUUGUGACACUUGUGAAGUCUGUUCUGUUUCACCGGCGAAACCCCUUGCAUUUCCAUUUCAUUACUGAUGCCAUUGCCAAGCAGAUCCUGGGCUAUCUCUUUGAGACGUGGAUGGUGCCAGCAGUGACAGUCAACUUUUAUGAUGCUGAUGAAUUGAAGCCAGAAGUUUCGUGGAUUCCAAACAAGCAUUACUCAGGGAUAUACGGGCUGAUGAAACUGGUCCUCACCAAGACUCUGCCUGCUUCUCUGGAGCGGGUUAUUGUCCUGGAUACUGACAUCACCUUUGCUACAGACAUUGCUGAACUUUGGGCUGUGCUGCACAAGUUCAAAGGACAGCAAGUUCUUGGUUUGGUGGAGAAUCAGAGUGAUUGGUACCUUGGGAAUUUGUGGAAGAACCACAGACCUUGGCCAGCAUUGAGUCGAGGAUACAACACAGGCGUCAUCCUGCUGCUGUUGGACAAGCUGAGGAAGAUGAAGUGGGAGCAGAUGUGGCGACUGACAGCAGAACGGGAAUUGAUGAACAUGUUGUCCACUUCACUGGCUGAUCAGGAUAUUUUUAAUGCCGUCAUCAAGCAGAAUCCCUUCCUGGUGUACCAGCUUCCAUGCUUCUGGAAUGUUCAGCUUUCGGAUCACACCCGCUCUGAGCAGUGCUACAAGGAUGUGUCAGAUCUCAAGGUGAUCCACUGGAACUCUCCCAAGAAGCUGCGAGUGAAGAAUAAGCACGUGGAAUUCUUCCGGAACCUUUACCUGACGUUCCUGGAAUACGACGGGAAUCUCCUGCGCCGUGAGCUGUUUGGCUGCCCCAGUGAGAUCGACAAGAACAGUCAGAAUCUUCAGAAGCAGUUGUUGGAGCUGGACGAGGAUGAUCCCUGCUACGAAUUCCGGAGGGAACGAUUCACCGUCCAUCGCAAUCAUCUCUAUUUCUUGCACUAUGCAUUUGAACCAUCGGCAGAACAAACUGAGGUCACGUUGGUGGCUCAGCUCUCCAUGGACAGGCUGCAGAUGCUGGAGGCGAUCUGUAAGCAUUGGGAAGGGCCCAUCAGCCUGGCCCUCUACCUGUCUGACGCCGAGGCCCAGCAGUUCCUCCGCUACGCACAGGGCUCCGAGGUCCUCAUGAGCAGGAGCAACGUCGGCUACCACAUCGUCUACAAGGAAGGGCAGUUCUACCCCGUCAACCUGCUGCGGAACAUAGCAAUGAAACACGUCAACACGCCCUACAUGUUUCUAUCUGACAUCGACUUCCUGCCGAUGUAUGGUCUCUAUGAGUACCUCAGGAAGUCCAUUGUCCAGCUUGACAUGGCUCACACAAAAAAAGCUCUAAUAGUGCCAGCGUUUGAGACACUCCGCUACCGCCUAUCCUUCCCAAAGUCCAAAGCGGAGUUAUUAUCCAUGUUAGACAUGGGAACGCUCUUCACUUUUAGGUAUCAUGUUUGGACGAAGGGCCACGCUCCAACGAACUUCGCCAAGUGGCGGACGGCCACCACUCCCUAUCAUGUCGACUGGGAGGCAGACUUUGAGCCUUAUGUUGUAGUAAGGCGCGACUGCCCAGAGUAUGACAGGAGGUUCGUCGGCUUUGGUUGGAAUAAAGUAGCACAUGUCAUGGAGCUGGAUGCGCAGGAAUACGAGUUUGUCGUCCUCCCCAAUGCAUACAUGAUCCACAUGCCUCACGCUCCCAGCUUUGAUAUCACCAAAUUCCGCUCCAACAAGCAAUAUCGGAUCUGCCUGAAGACCCUGAAGGAGGAGUUCCAGCAGGACAUGUCCCGCCGCUAUGGGUUUGCAGCUCUCAAAUACUUGACUGCAGAGAACAAUAGCUGAGACCCCGAUGGGCUGCCAAUGAGCGACCUUCACUUGUAUCACUGCGAGGAGUGAAAUGGGGCUGCUAUGUACAGCAAGACGUGCAAAAAUCGAAACCAAAAUUUACGUGUGUGCCCGCCAGCUGUCAGGCUUUGGGUGGAAAGGUUGUUCUUACAAGAGUUUACUUUGAGUCCUCCGAAGUCGCUGUUAGAAUAUUCCUGUUGUUCACUAUUUAAGGCCUCUCCACCGUCCCACCUCAUUUAUUGCCUUGCCCUCUUGGUGGUCACCAAUGUCCAAGCAGCCCCCUGGGCUAGAUGGUUCAGGAUUCUGUCACGAGCCGUCUCUGCAACGUUGCCAUUGAUCAGAGGAGUUCCGUCCUUGAGUGCACCCCUCAAGAGCUUACCACUUUAUUCCUGUGGCCUCUAGUGCAAGCACAUGUGCGUGCGUGCACACACACGCGCACACACAUUCACGCACAAUCAGUAGGUGCAGUGGAGAGCACUGGUAACAGCUGCGCUGUUCCUCAGUUGGUGUAAUUCAGUAACCAAGUGUUGAUGAAUGUUGGUUUCCCUUGACUGUCUUUUUCCAUUCUUAAUCCUGAGAGCUCUUGCACCAAUUCCCCAGCUGCCUCAGGAGCCAAGCCAUGUGGUGAACACCCCACUGUAUUUUGCUUGUAAAAGCAAUGUCAAUGGCCUUAGAUGCCAGUUAAUAUCUCAAAAAUCUCUUUCUUGCUCUUUAUUUGUUUCAGAAGUAAAUGCCAGUAGAAUUAAGGGUGGUUGUAUCCAAUGGCAGAAUAUAAAUAUGCAACAACAUUUUGAUUCCUGUUGUGUUGUCGGUCAAAUUUUGUGGGAAAAAUGUGUCUGGGAGGGCUUGGGAAGGGAUGUACUCCCUACACAUGUUCAGAGUAAAUGUAUAAAAAAUAAAAGGUUUUCAGUUUUCCAGGUUCUUUGACAGAAAGUCAUAGGUUCCACCCAUAAGGCUAUGCUGUGCUUUUUAAAUCAUAAUCAACUUCUGAAUCAGAAGGAUGGGAUCAUUUGUAUUAUUGACCUCACAGAGUGAAUUAGAAUCAAAGAAAUUAAUGGGAGAUUUGUUGUGGCUGGGGGUAUUACAACAUUUCCAAUUGUUAAAGAUUUAGAUUUGGAAGUUAUUACCAAUGAUUAUAUGGGAAGGACAUAUAUUGAUGCAAACUGGUGCUUCUGAAGAGGAAGAUGAUCUGUGUUCAAAGCUAGUUAGGGCUGCUCGAUACUUUAAACGCUGAUAAAAUAUAUCAAAACUUUCUGGAAUGGCACUAGGAGGUCAGCUUUAAAGUUGAAAUUAUGAUCAAUACAGAGAUGUUCUUGACGGACAAGUCAAGGAUGAUUUUGUGUCAAAAUCCAAAGGAACGGAGCCGAGACUGGCAACUUGUUGAAUUUGGGCUAUCUAGAUGGUGAUGUUAAAUUCAUUCAGAUUUUUCUCUUGUUUGAAAUUUCCAUUGUUUCUCCAAAAGUUCCCAAUGAUUCAUUUUGUUUACCCCAGAGCAAAUUUAGGACAAGAUGCCCAGUGGAUCAACAGCUGGGGCAGUUUAGAAGGAAAGACCAUUUAAAGAGCUUUAUGCAAUAAACUAAUGGUGCAAUGAGUGGAGACAAAGACUGAUAUUUAGAGGAACCUCCUUCAUUCAUUUUUCCUUUGGGCUAAAUAAAUUGUGGGACAAUUUGAAAUAGUAUGCAUUAUGUACAAUCCAGUGGAGGGGAGAGUGAUAACUUGCUUUGCCAUUUUGUAGUCUUUGCUUAGGCUGGUCUGCCCAGUAUUGGUAGACCAGCAACUCUGCUGAACCUGUUGCAUUUGAAGAGUUAAAGUGUCAAGCAGCAUGGAAACAGGCCUUUCAGCCCAAUUCGCCUAUGCCAGUCAAGGUGCCCAUUUCACUAUAAAUCUUUCCAAUCCAUGUACCAUGCCAAAUGACUUUUAAUAGUUGUUAUUGUACCCACCUCAAUAACUUCCUUUAUCAACCCAUUCCAUAUCCACAUCCUAGUUUCUGCUUCCCUUUCCCUGGGAAAACCCUCCCUAUGCCCCUCAAGACCUCUAUAUACCUCUCUAUAAGCUCACCCCUUCAUCUCCUACAACUCAGAGAAUAAAGCCCUAUCCUGCCCAGGAUUUCCCUAUACCUCAGGUCCCAAAAACAUUUUCAUAAAUCUUCACACAGCCGGUUGGUGUGUGCAUCAACCUUUAGGAAGCCUCCAAAAUCUUUUAAAAAAUCCAUUGGUUUUAUUUUAUCUCCUGCCAUUACUAGUUUAUGGAAAGUGUUAAAGUCUGUCUAUUCUUUCAGUUGGAGUACAGAUUGUCACAUCAUUCAUAAUGGAUAAAUAUUGAUAAAU